CUUAGCCCCCAGACCUAUCGCCCCCGGCAGCUCGGCAUUCUCGAGAACGUUCAGUCGGGGACGGGCACUUGGUUCCUUGGCCACCCGAGCUUCAAGCGAUGGCUUUAUGGCGACGUGGAAGUGCUUUGGUGCCCGGGAAUAUCCGGAGCCGGCAAGACAUGUCUGAUGUCACUAGUGAUCGAUCACCUGGAGCGGCAGAACGCGGCUCCUGGCAAUGUCUGGGCUUACAUCUACUGCGACUACAGUCGGAGGCAAGAGCAGGCCCCAGCUGCGUUACUCUCGAGCAUGCUCCAGCAGGUUGUACAACGCCGUACAACCAAAGCCUUACCUGCUGAAGUGCUUUCACUGCAUCAGGGACACAAGAAGCACGGCACCCGCCCGACUCUAGCCCAGGUCACCGCGACACUUCGAGCCCUGACAGCGCCCCUGGCCACAUUCCAUGUCGUUGUUGAUGCCCUGGACGAGUGUACUGAAUCCGAGGAAGAUGCUCUCCGCUUCAUCUCUGCGGUUCGGUCGCUGGGCUCGAGCGUCAAGCUCCUCUGCACUUCCCGCUUCUCUUCUAUUUUCGGGAACUAUUUCGACAGCGCAGUGAAACUCGAAAUAUCAGCCCAGAGCGGAGACAUCGGGAUCUUCCUCGAGUCUCAACUACAGGCUCGCACCGUACUCAUGUCAAUCGUGACUCCCUCGGCAGCUCAACAUCCCUGUUCCGCACAUAUCUUGCCGCCAAUAACCAACACGCACUUUCCUCGGUCCUAUCACAGAACCAGAAGUUUGAAAGGUGGGAUAAAAAAGGAAUUUCGGCAUAUAAGCGAAGUUCGUCAGAGCGCUUGCGUAAAGGUGCCGAGAUUAAACGCCUGA